AUAUUCAUAGAUAUCGAGAUUAGGACAAGAAAAUACUGAUACCUCUGGAAAUUCUGAUACCUCUGGAAUACGCGCCCAGCGUACAGACCACUACAUCACGAAGGCAUGACGUGUUAGUGGCUGUAAGAGUUUCCGAAAGAAUAUGGUGGGUGUCAACACCACCUUUCUGAUGCUUCCCCUCCUGUUUGACCAUGUCUUCCCCCGUUCCCGAAUUUCGAGAAGCCCACCAGUAUUGGCAACCUCUCCUCAACAAUGACAUCAUCCGGCCCAAACCUCGACGAUUAGGAGACAUGAGCAAGCAGGACACCAGCCCUACUCAGGCCAUUCAGAGAACGUCCAGCCGCGAGAGAUUGUUUAUAGGCAGCCCUCUUAGGCCCUAUGAAAGAGAUGCUGGAGUUGGAGGAUCGGCGCCCUCUCUUUCUAAGACAACCAGCCGAGAAACCCUCCAUCCAAAUUCUGAUGGACGGACGCCCAGCAAGGAAGGAGUGUCGACGACCUCCGGGAGCAGAGAAACUACUCCAGUUACACAUUCCUCAUCAUCGACGGCAUUUCUUAAGUCAGCUUCUAGAGAAAAAGCUAGUGCACACGGGAACAGCUCAAGGGAAACAUCGCCUCUUCACAAUAAUUGCCGAACUCCAAGUAAAGACCUUCUUUCUGGAAAUAUUGUCGUACAAAACAGCUCGAGAACUGCUGGAAAAGAUAUCACUGUUGCCUCUUCUCAACUUCGAAGUGCUUCUCGUUCAUCAUGCAAAGAUGUUAACAGCUCUCGAGCAUCCUCGAAAGAACCAGCCAUCGGAUCCAGUGCCAUAACGGAAAAUCAUUCACGAACUCCAAGCAAAGAUUUACUCACGAAUAAUCAGCCGCAUCGCUCAAACUGCAAAACUCCGAAUAAAGAUUACAUCACGAGCAGCUGUAACAAUUUCUGUCACUCCAAUGAAGUCCAGAGGGUAACUCGAGAUCAUCAUCAACAACAUCAAAUGACCCAUGCUAAAAGUUCUCCAGGUCUAAAUUCUCGAACGUCUCCAGCAUCUAUCUUCAGUGACAGUCAAAACUUCGAGAAGGAUAAUCGGUGCCAUCCAGCUUUCUGGGAAUACAAAGAUGUGGAAGAAGAUGAAUUUUCACCGGAUGGCCAUCUCUCUCCUUACAUGGAUUCCAUGUCCAAUACAGACUGUGGGUCUUUGAGUAAAAGUUCAUCAGACGGUGAUCCUAUAAUCUGUCGUAAACGACCACCAACACGGUUAAAAUCAAAACGCCGAAAUAUUUUAUCGUUUCCUCAAGUGUUUGGAUUAGAUGAAAGUCGACUUAUUCAAAGGCGACACGAGUGUUACGGUGGCUCUUCUAGUGAUGAAAAUAAAUCCUCAGGACAUGCUAGUAUGAGCGACGGCCAAUCAUCAUACCUUAGCUCAUCUCCAACAGAUGGAAUUUUAUCCAGAACUUCCGGCAGAUUGUCAGGAAAAACUGGAGAAAUUCUAAACUCCGAUAGCGCUAGAGAUGAUUCUCGAGGAGAGUCGGAGCACAGAUUCGGAAGAGGAACGCCUCUAAAAUCUGUCCCUGAAGAUGAGAGACUCCUAACAUCUCAUCAUGUUUCUUCUACAAAAAUCUCUUGCCGACGACCUGCUCCAUCUAGAAAAACACAUAGGACUCCACUUGAAGGAGCAUGCGGUCUUGAAGACAUUAGACAAGCCAUUGAACAGUUAUCAGUACGUACCCAGGGAUCCAGGACAAGCUAUUCUACAUCUACUUAUUCAUCUGUUAGUGGUAGUGAAUCUGAACCUGUCAGGAGAUUGAUUAGGCAUUCAAGUCUAGAGACAAUUAAUACAAAUAUUACUAGUGCAGACGAAUUUGUGUGGGUUGACAAUCACACACGCCUAGUGGAACUACAACGUGUGCCAUGGUCCAAUCACGAUAUUCUAAAAGUCAUGCAAACUGGAAGACUGCGCGAGCAUCUUGGUCAAAUAUCAAUGGAAACAGUGCCACGACUUUCAUACUUACUCCAACGACCUCUGGUGCGGAUUGCCAGAGAAACACAACGGUUUUCUAAAACUCUUGGUAUGUGCACCAAACAAGAAGUCAGUGGUUCUUUGAAAAUUGUGUUAUCUCCUGCUUUAGCAGACAGUUGCAUUAAAGCAUGUCACCGUGCUGCUGCAAUAUCUGCAGUCAGUGGUGACCAAAUGAAACUCAGCAAAAGUGCUCGAGCUGGCCUUCAGCUGUCUGUAGGCCGCUUUCAUCGGUGGAUGUGUGAUGUUCGGAUAGGUUCUUUCGUUCAUCAGUAUGCAGCUAUAUACUUAACAGCUGCCAUUGAAAAUCUUUUAGAGGAGAUUGUUCUUCAGUGUAUGGCUCUAGAUGGGUCAACUAUGUUCACUGCAACGAUGCUUGAGACUGCCAUAUCCAAUAGCAGUGAUCUCUGGGGAUUAUUUCAGCCUUUUUCACAUCUGAACGCUGGUCGUACUGCUAGUGGUACCCUGUCUCUACCGCGUUGGCCCAGCCAAUCUGAUAACAGCGGUAGCAGGCCUGGCAGCUCUGUCCAACUGCACCUAGCGGAAGAACAACCGCGGCAACCGACUUGUAAAUCUGUGGAGCAACAUUUGCUGACGACAUGUGUGGGCAGUAUCACUGAACUUGGGGAUCUUCUGAGGCGGGUUGUGCAGUAUUAUCAACAUAUGCAAGGUCACAACUCUGGUCGGUGCAACAUUGUCUGGGGUCCUGCAGCACUGCAUGCCUUAUACUACUUCAUGCGAUGUUCACAGUUGGAACAUGCGGAACAUGCUGAACAUGCAAACCACAGGACACCUGCUCAAGAGCUUGUCUAUGAAAGGCCAUAUCUGGUUCUGCCUCCACUGAUUGAGUGGGUUCGAGUAGCUUUUUCUCAUUCUGAGCAUCGUCGAUCCCAAGUUGUAGAUAAAGAUGAUGUUAUGCAAGCUGCUCGUUUACUACUACCAGGAGUGGACUGCCCUAUCCGAGAAUUUGGAAUCUAUGAUGACCGGCUGCACUGUAGGAAAAGAUCAGAUGAUCCCGAAUGUGCUCGGAUGCUAAAAGUCGAGCUUGCCUUCCGAAUGCUUGCAAGUGGAAGAACAGACCUAGUACCUCAUGCAUUACAACUGUUACCUCCAAGUCAUGUAAAUACUUUUAAUGAACAAGGUUUGACUCCUUUAAUGGUUGCAUGCAUUAGAGGAGAUGAGGCAAUGGUUCACAUACUGCUGGAUGCUGGAGCUGAUGUUGACAUUGAGACUCCAGCACCUAGUAGCACUUACCAGUGUGUUAAUCCUGAAACUCAGCAUUGGACUGCUUUAACAUAUGCCACAACCCAUGGACACUUAUCAGUAAUAAAACUUCUGCUAGAAAAGGGAGCAAAUGUUGAAGGAGGAGCACGUCUCAGUGAAGAAAAAAUAACAGUAACUCCUUUGCAACUGGCGGCUGCAUCUGGUCGUUUAAAAUUAGCAGAGCUGCUCUUAAUGCAUGGUGCUCAUCCCUUUCUUUCAACCAUGUUGAGGGAUUCUUUGGCAUAUGGUGGAGCUGCUCAGAGAGGCUGCUAUAGUGCCAUAGCUGUUGCUGGUGCCCAUGGACAAAGGACUAUGCUUCAUCUUCUUUUAUCCCAUCCCAUGACAAAAAGUAAUAAAGAUGUCCUUUCUCUGGAGGAGAUCUUAGCUGAGGGAGCUUCUCAAUUAACAUGUGAUAGGAGGACUUCCAGGUUACAGGUUGUUCCUGUCUGUGUUGAUGAUUUAAAUAAAUCUUCUUCAAGUGUAUCUACUUCUACUGACAACAGCCAAGUGAUCAAGCUCACAAAAACUCAAAUGAAAUCACUUCAAGAAGCUAUGUAUCAUAGUGCAGAGAAUGGCCAUAUAGACAUAACACUUGAUCUUCGGAAUAUAGGAGUGCCAUGGACAUUACACUGUUGGAUGAAUACUCUAGCAAUGGCAUAUGAACUUCAGGUUGAGCCAAUGAUAGAUCAACUACUUCAGGAUUACUUACAAGUGUGGCCAGAAGAUUGUAGUUCUCAGUUUGUAGAUGAAUGUCUGCCACUACUGUUCACAAUAUUCAGGCACAGUAAAAAAGAAGGAACAACUCUGCUUCUAGCAGAUAUUUUUUCAAACUGCUACAGUAAGGAACCUAUAAAAGAAAUCCGCGAUGUAUCCUAUAUUGGAGGAGCAAGAAUAGAUCCUACAUACGUAAAUAAUCCUGAAAUGUCUGAUGUACAGUUUAGAGUCGAAGGCCGGGUAUUUUAUGCUCAUAAAAUUAUUCUUGUCAAUGCAUCUCCUAGAUUUAAAUCUAUGCUUUCAACCAAGUUUUCUGAAGGUGUACCUCCUGUUGUGCAGAUCAAUGAUAUUCGUUAUGAUAUAUUCCAACUGGUGAUGCAGUACUUAUAUAAGGGUGGUUAUGAAAAUUGCGACAUAGACCAAAAUGAUGUUUUAGAGCUGAUGGCAGCUGCCAGCUUUUUUCAAUUGGACGGACUGCUCCGAUUCUGCGAAUCUCGAAGUUCUAAACUGGUGGAUUUAGACAAUGUGGUUUCAAUGUACAUACAUGCAAAAGUAUACAAUGCAGUAUACUUACUGGAAUACUGUCAAGGUUUCCUUCUGCAAAACAUGGUGGCUUUACUCACUUAUGAUGACAGUGUUCGAAAGUUAAUAUUUGGAAAGAAAAUGCACAAUCAUGAUGUACUAAGUGGACUACUACUAACAUUACAGACGAGAAUACGGGAAAAAUCAUCUAUAAACAAAUCCAUGUGUACGAGUAAAAGCUGAAUGAAGAAGAUAAGUUAGGAAAAUUUUCAUAUAUGUAAUAUAAAAUAUUAUAAUCUUAAUGCCUAAUAUUAUUUAAUGACAUUCCAUAAUGUUAUUUGGGAGUAUAUUUUAAUCAUGGUUAAAAUUUUAUUACAUAGCUAUGCAUUAAUAUAUGUGCCAUUUUGUAAUGUUAUUUGGAAGGUAAUAUUUUAAUCAUGAUUAAAAUUUAUUUAUUUGUAAUCUUUCAUUACAUUAACAUAUACAGUUAAUGGCAUUUUAUUCUUUGAAAAAAAUAAAAGAUUUCCAUUUUCAUAAAAAAAUAUGAUCUUGUAAAAAAAUCUUUUAAUUAAAAGCAUAAAAAGUUAAAAAAAGUUUCAUGAUAUCUUCAAUAUCGAAAAGAUGAAAUCAUAUUUUAACACUAAUUGCAAUAAAAUAAAUGAAAAAAUAACCACUGAUAAGGAAAAGAAUAUAUAGAUUUUGGCAUUAAUAGUCUGACAUAUGAAAUUCAAACAUUUGAAUUCAUUUUAAAAUUUGAAAAAUUCAUUUUAAAAUUAAGUCUACAUUACAAAAAAUCUUCUAAUUCAGAGAAUAAAAUAUAUAUAUAUAUAUAUAUAUAUAUAUAUAUAUGCAUGCUUCAAAGGAAAGCAUAUAAUUUUUCCUACUGACAAACAGCAAGUCUGAUAACAGUAUUCAUAAAUGGAAUACAAAGCCUUUUUUAAAUAAAAGAAAUAUAAUCAAAAUGCAUUUCUUGGAUAUAUGUAAUCAAAAUGUAUUUCUUCUUAUAUAAAUGUGUUUCUUGGAUGAAAGUAACAGAUUAAUAUUGGGUGAAAGUAACAGAUUAAUAUUACUGUAAUAAUGUUUUAAAAUAAAAAAGUAAUUCUAAAUUAAAAGCAAACACACACAGAGCCAUGCCUAUAUAUGGUUUCACCUGAAGCAAAGAGUCAGUACGUGCCCCUAUAUACAACGCAUCCACCCAUAAAAAUUAAAAUAAAAUAUGUAUACGCACACGAGUGUAUAAAUUACAAUGCACAAACACAGUACAAGUUAACAAUAUCUGUACAUUUUUUAUGCAUAUUUCAAUCAUUAUUAUAUUUCAAAUCAUGAUACCAAAAUUCUUAUAAUAAUAAUUAAUAAUAGCUUUAUAUUUUCAGGAAAAUGUAAAGCUAUGAUGGUGAUUUACAGUUUUGAAAUGAAAAGUAUUAAGAUUCCUUUCUAAUAAAUGACAUUAAAUAUAAUUUAACUUUUCUUGCCUUUAACGGAACAAAAUAAUCAAUAAUAUACUCAAAACCUACUUGAUCACUUAAUUACAUAGUUCCACAGAAUGACUAGAUCUGAAAUAGAAAAUGUUUAAAUGAAUAUUGCUAAAAGAUGGUGAUGUUUCAAAAAACAAGCUCACAGAAUGGCCUUGUUUGAACAUUCUUCCUGAUCAAGUAUAGAUCUUAUACACCCUUUUAUUAUCUUAAUUUUGCUGUAGCUUCUUUCACCACUGGCAGUACUAACUGGCAACAAAAAAGUAUUCUUCAUACUGCUUCUAAAUUUAACUAAAUGAGAUAUGGCAUGAAAUAUGUUUGAAAUUAUUUUUAAAUGAACUGAGUCUUAUAGCUAGUGUCCAAAACUGCAGAAAAAACAAGGUUUUUAAAACAUAUUUCUGACCGAAUUUCUGCAGCAUUUAUAUCAUUCAUAUGGUUAAGUGCGAAGUUACAACCUGUCGUCUUUGCGUUACCUAAAUUUAAUUAUAUUAAUUUUUCAGCAGUUAGAAACUGAAAAUCAAAAAGGUGUUUCAACUUUUCUUAUCUCUGUUUUAUUUGUGAGAUUAAAACAUCUAACAUUUCUUUAAUUCUACAAUGAAUAAACAAACAGCUUACUGAAUUAGUUUUUCUUAUCAUUUGAUUCUUAACAAUCUAAUUUAUUAAAUUUUUUUCUAUUUCUGUUCAGAUUUUGUUAACAUAUUUGUCUCUAAACUUCUACACUUCUUAAAGUAACAUUCAGAAAAAUUUUCUGUUACCUGCCUUAAAGAAAGGCAUAAUCUCCCUGUCCAAGUGUCUGACUUUGCAAACAGUUAUAUCUUGAUUGCAAGAUUCAUUUACUUUUUAAAUUUUUAUGCAGUAAUCUCCCUCCAGACAGCGCUUAUGAAAAUUUUUUAAUUGAUUUGCUUCAAAAUGCUACUUUUGUCAUCCUACUGCAAUAAUUUAUCAUUUGAUUUCAUAUCUUUUGAUAACCAAUGUACUUCGAUUUUUUUGUAGAUACAGUUCUUUAACAGCAUUAAUUCUUGAUCCCCAUCGAGUAUCCCUGCUACUUAUUAUCUUAAACUAUUACUAUUAUUAUUUUUAAAAAAAUAAGAAAACUAGUAUAAGAAUGACACAUUUAACAAUGGCUACUUAGAAACACUGGCAGUCUUAUCUUUCUGUAGAAAACUAUUUGCAAUGUGUUGUCCUACAAUGGACAAUAUCCCAUACUUUAAUACAAGUUAUGGUUUCAUAAUAAUUUACUGACACAAUUAAUUUAUUAAUGUCUCAAAAUCUCUAACAGCUCUUAAUUGACGCAAAUAAUCCUAUGUAGAAUAAAAUGCAGAUGUAAUCAGGACAUAAUUAUCAUGCUUAAAAUUAUCUUAAUAUGUUCCCAUCAUUGUUUCAAAUUCUGUGAAGUAUUGUGAAUUUUAUAGUUUCUUCAUUUUUCUUUUCUUCACCUUUUAAUACAGAUCAAGAAUUCAAUAUGUUAAAAUUUCAUUUUAAGAGAUAUUCCUAAUUGCCAAAAUUCUUCUUGGCAAUUUUUAAAUAAGCUCCUGAUUUCUCCAUUAAUGUUCAUGUCAAGAGGCCGGUUCAUAAGAUUAGAAGGUUGUCCUGGUAUUGUUCAAGCCUGAGUAUGGCCAAAGGGUUUGUCCAUGUGUAACUUGAAUAUGAGACAGUUCUUGUAGAAUAUUCUCCAUCAAAGCAUCCCUCUAAAGCAGACAACCAUACAUACUUUACUAUAAUCAUUUAAUCAAUGGAUAAGUCUCUUUAAUUCAUACAUCUUUUAUCUGUCAAAAAAUUUUUUGUUGUUAAAAGGCUCAUUUGAGCUAAAACAAAAAUUUAUGUCAGCUAACUGUAAUAAUUUAAAUGUGACUAGUAAAUCACUAUUAAAUCAAAAGUUUUAUCAUAAUCCCUAUAGUAUAAAUAUAAUUUUAAAAUUGAUAAGAUUUAAUAAUGCUUCAUGCUUUUUCCCUGCUUCAUCAGUUAAAUCAGGAAACUUCAAGGCAUUAAAUUUGUGAAUAUUUUGUUUGUUUGAAUAUUUUGUUGAAUAUGACAGUUAUUUGUAACUAAUUUUCAUUUGCACCAAUCAACAAGUUUGCUACUCCCAGUUUCAAUGAUUUUGAUAUUUUAAUUUCAGUUUUUUAAAUCUUUAAAUGAACAUCUAAUUUAGCAAAAAUAAUCUAACAUACAUUAAUCUUUAUCUUGUUCACUUGUCUCUUUCUUCAUAUUUCAGUCUUUCCCAUACUGUAUUUCUUAUUAUUUUUUAGUGAGGAACACGUUUCUCAAUUGUAUUCACAUCAAUUACCUUGUAAUCAACAAAAAGAAAAUAAACGUUUUAAAAUGUAUUGUUUUAACAAUAUAUUUUAAAACAUUUAUUUACUUCUUAUCAGUUAUAUUAGCCAAAAAAUUUAAAUUGCUAAAUGUUCCUCUUAUUUCUUUGAAACUAAAUAUUUUAUUUUAAUGUUUCAUACAUUAUAAAUAAGAAAACAACUAAAAAGAAAAUGUGAUGUUUUACCUUAUAUGUCUACAUUACGAUUUUGAGAAAGAAUAAGAUAGGCUAAUUAAUGCACUGAUUCUUUAAUCUGUCAACCAAAACAUAAUAAAACCAAGUAUACUACUGCCACAAAUCACACAUGAAAACAAUAAAGUAAAUCCCCAAGAAUGCAUCACAUUCAAAGCUUACAUCAAAAAUAAGCAAAAGACUGAUUAUAGGGUAGGUCUGUUUCAACAAAGUGCAGACAAUUGCCUGCACUUUCCCUACUCAGCUCAUGGACUUCAAAAAGCUUGUUGUGGCUAACUAAGCUAUCGUUGAUAUUAAAGUAAGGUGUACAAAAUUAACAAUGUACACAUCUUGAUGCUAUACAAGCAAGUUUAGUCUAUGCAGGUCAUAACAUCAAAUGUAUAUUAAACCUCAGCACAUUAACACUAACGAUUAAUUUUAAUUUUAGAAAACAGUGUGUACGGUACUGUGAAACCUCAAGACUUUUGACGGAAACUAUGCAAUUAAAACAUACAUCAAGCAAGAAACCUGAUUGCAGUAAAGUAAUCAAAAAAGUGAAUUCAUUUAUAUUUAAAUAAUUUUACUGCUUAUAAUAUUGAUAAUAUGCUGUGUCAAACAUGAACUGAAAGGGGCUAUCCUGACUGAAGAGAAAUACAAGAUUAACAGCCAAUCAAGCAAUCGACCAUAUAAGCACACAGAGUAAAAACGGUACUUAUGAAUGUAAAAGCUUUGAAAUUAUUAUAAAUUGUAUUAAUAAAAUAUGUUGUUUGAAAUGUAUUCUUAAGGCAUUUGCGUUUUAAAGUUAAGUGUUAACAGUCAUAUGUAUUUUUCAAGGGAAAUUUCUGUACUAGUUAUUUUGCAUUCCUUCUAGUUAUUACCCUGAGACAAAUGCCUCACUUUGUCCUGGCUUUGUAUAUAUAUAUAUAUAGUCAUAAAUUUUACAUCCCCAUUAUACCUAGGAUAAAUAUCAACUCUAUAAAAACAGAAAUAUAGUGACUUUGAAAAUUAAUAAUUUUGCAAUAAAAAAAUAGGAAAAUUUGUUGAAGCAUUUCAACUGUAUAUGUAUAUGUAUAUAUUUUUUCUUCAAAUAGUUUUGUUGCUUUUUUUUUUACUUACAUUAAUUCAGUUUUCAAAUUCCCUAUGUUUAAUUCAUUGUUUUGCAACAAUAUUUGUUUGAAAAUGCUUGAAUAUAUUUCAAUCUACUGCAGACUGGUGAUACAACAUUGCAUCCUACAUUUAAAUAACUUUCUUAAUGUAACGUUCUUAUUUGUUUUGGUAGCAUUAUUUUAUUCUCAAAAAAAUACCUUCUGUCUUCAAUCAUACUCUUAUCUGGUAACAAACAAAAAUUUAAUUAAUAUUCAUUAAGUCAACCUAUCACUAACACUCUCGUUUGUAUCUCGUAAGUUCUGAAAUUAGCAUUUUGUGAAAAAUAUAUACAAAUUUGCCCUUUUAUAAUUUUGAAUAUAAUUACAAUAGCUGACACAUUGCAUCUCUGCAUGCAUAUUUGCCUGUUGGGAAGGAUGGGCAAUGCAGUGUUACAGUAUUUGAUUGCUUGUGGUAUCACAUGCUGCAUAUCAAACUUUUGAUCUUAUACAUACAUAUCAAAUAUGCAGUAUAUACUCAAAAGAGAUAUGUUUAAUACAAAAUUCUUGUAUGAAAUCUUAUUACUCAAUAUUCCUCUUACACUGAUCUAAAAUUUGAAAAUUUUAUUUGAUUGGAAAAUAUAUAAAGACCACAUUUCAAAAUCUUUGACAUGAAAUAGAAAUUUAAAAAAAAUCAAUCAUGUCAUGAAAUUUAGAAAAUAAUUACUCUUUAUGUAUACACCAUCUUUUGUAAACAAGAUCAUGUAUGUGUUUUUUCGUGAUAAACAUAUUGUGUGCUUAAUUUAUAUUAUAGUUAUCUUGCUGUAAAACCUAAAGUACAAUUUAUAAUUAUGAAGUCUUUACAGCAAUUUAACUUUGCCAUUUGCAUAUCCUACCUCAGGAAGGAGAAAAACCCACCGUGUAGGAGGCCUUUAUAUCUGCCAUAAGUAAUCAAAAUAUAGUCUUUCUUAUAUAAAGUGUUUGUGUACUCAUACACAUUGCUUUGCACUGUAUCAUGACUUAAUCUGUAGAUAUGUUUGUUUAUAUUCGUCCUAUGAUUUAGAAUACUUUCGUACUGCAUAACAGACUUUCAGUCUAGUGCAUUAAGCAGUUUGUGGUAAAUGUGAAAAUGUUCAAAAUCUGUAAUAGUCUUACAGCUUUUGUUACAAGUGUCUUUGCAACAAUUCUUAAAAAUGAAUAAAUGUGCAUUGAACUUUUUAUUCCUUAUAAUAGUUAAAAAUGCAGAAUGUUUCACUUGCAAAAAGCCCUGAGACUACAGAAAAGCAUACCAGGUAGCAAAUAUAAUUGUGACGGUAUGUAACUUUAAAAAUAUCAACAUUUGCAUUUUAAAAAUUUCUGCAAGUGGCCAUUUCCUUCUCAUACUGACCUGGCAGCCUGAAGAAGUUUGAAUGACAAAAUCCUUAAUAUCCUUAAAAAGGCUGAUUGGUUACUAUCAGGUAUUUCGGAAGAAUCUGAAAAACCGCCUUAAAAAUAAUUUAAAAUAAUUUUACUGCAAUAGUUUUGACAUUUUUAAAAAAAAAUUAUUUGGAUGAUUUUAAUUUACACAGUUACUUCCAGCACAGUAGAUACUUAUUUACACUUACAAACGAUUUAAGAAUGUUGUACUCCACUUCUUCAUAUUUUGCUUUUAUCUGUAUAUGAUUGUGGAAAAAAUGUGUCCUAGUGUUGGAACCACACAAAAUCCAAAAACAUAAGUAAAAAAAAAAAAAAAAAAAAAAUCACUGCAGCUACACUUGGCACACGUAGGACACUAAGAUGUUUGCAAACAUAGAACACAGGACUGCCAGGUAUCAGAAAGAUAGAGGUUACCAUUUCUAGCACUUGCUGUAAAAUGCGAUUUGUAAGCAACUUUCAACAAACAUAUUGCUACAAUUAUUACAUUUGUGUUUACUUACUAUGUGGCAAGCCAUAACUUUGGGCUUAUGAGAAGUGAAACAGUCUGUAUGCUUGGAUUUUAAAUACAAUUACAACUUUUUAUUUUUUGCUGUUUCGCCUCAAUUGCAGGGUGAAAUGUUUAUAAUUCUUUUAUCUACUGUUAACAAAUAUACAUUAGUUGCUGGGACCAUCAGGAUACUUAUCCACCAAAUAAAAGUAAUAAAGAUGUUUUAUAAAUAA